ACGCCACUAUUAGCAAAUUUGAUAUUUCAUUACACGGAGCAAAACUUUUUAAUAGAAAAAUAAAGUAAAGUAAUUUCUUUUUGUUACGAACAACUUUUUUUUUUAAACUUAAAUUGGAAAAGAGAAAAAAUGAAGUUUCGAAGCCUACAUCCUGGAAUAACCUAUAGCUUCUUAUACAUUAGUGGAUAUUUUGUUCAUGUGUAUGGUAAUCCUUCCAAUAAUUACGAUGCUAUAAUCAAAAGAGAGUCUGUUCCGUUUGAAGACUGUGGCUCAAAAUACAACAUAAUUUUCUUGAGCAUCUUCGGUUGCACUAAAAUACCUUGUCUUAUGCAGCGAGGUACAAAUGUUACGGUAAACGUUCUCUUUUCCGAUGAAGAUAACAAAGCAAGUUUUCUAAAACAUCGAGUUCUAUGGAUUUUUAAUGCUAUUAAAACUGAAGCAGACAUCGAUCCCGAUCCCUGCGAUAAUCAAAAAGAUUGCCUUAGAAUGGAUAAUGAAAAAUCCUAUUGGGCCAUAAUUCAUGUUGAUACUAAUCUUCCAGUGUUAAGUGGAACAAUGCUUUGGCAAGUGGUCGAUGAAUAUAAUGAAAAGACAAUUUGUUUUAAGGUUCCUAUUGCUAUUACAACGUAAGCAAUAUUUCCAAAUAUAUAU